AUGCAUUUGAAAACUGGAGUAAUAUUUUUGGUCAUUUGCCUUGCUCUCCAAGUUCAGGAAAGCAGAGAAAGCCCUAGUAAAAUAAAUCGUGGUGAAGCCAAACAUCUAGCAGAUGCCUCAGGGUCAGACAAAACAGAAAGAACAACAAAGAGGUCCAGAGUGUCAACCAUAAGACGGAUAUUUGAUAUGGCAAAACACCGAACAAAGAGGUCAUCCUUUUUGUCAACUGGUGUGAAAGUUUGCCCACAAGAAUCAGUGAAGCAGAUUUUAGCCAGUCACCAAGCUUAUUAUAGAUUAAGAGUCUGCCAGGAAGCUGUGUGGGAAGCCUUUCGUAUUUUUCUGGAUCGGAUUCCUGAUACUUCUGAAUAUCAGAACUGGGUUACUGCCUGCCAGAGGGAAACCUUCUGCAUAUUUGACAUUGGCAAAAACUUCAGCAAUUCCCAAGAGCACCUGGAAAUAAUCCAACGGCGAGUAAAACAUAGAACCUUCCAGGAAAGGAAAGAUGAAAUAUCCACAGAAAAAACAGGUGGCAAAAAGCUGGAAGACAUUCCUUCUGUUUCUACAGGUCCCCCUGGCUCAUCCCUCCCUCCAUAUGCACCAAUACCUAACGGCACGCUGCUCAAUGAAAUUGUCAAUGACACGAAGACUCCUGUGAAGGAACUAGGAACAAAUACAGUCCCAGAACUGCCUGCAGAGCAAAUGGUAGAAUUCAGUGUCACUCUCACUGAUCAGGAGUACACAGCUGAACUUAAUGACCCCAACUCCCCACAGUACCAACAACUAGCUGCCAAAUUUCAGCUACAGAUGCAAAAAAUAUUUGAGAAGCUUCCAGGAUUUAAAGAAAUCCACGUAUUAGGAUUUAAACAGAAGAAGGAGAAAGACGGAUCAAGCAGCACUAUAGCACGAUAUGUGGUAAACUUUGAGAGAGAUGGCUCAGAAAUCAAGAGCACUGUAGAUGACAUCUCAACUAUUGGAUCAAAUAAGGUUGAAAAUGAAAAGACUCUGCUUUCUCCAAAGGAAGAGAGGGAGAUAUCAGCAAAUAAACUCACAGUAACAGACCUUCAGCAACUGGUUGCCACAGCACUCCAUGAAGACAGGUCCCUGCCAGUGGACCUUGGGACACUUCGAUUUACUGACGACUCUAUUAAACCACCUAGUGAUUUUGAUAAUGAUAUCCAGGCCAUGGUCACUAUUCCUCUGGCAGGCCCUGAUUUGGAGGGUGCCAUGGGUGCAGAACUCCCCCUGGGUUAUCCUAGCCCAGCAACAGUGGGCCAAACAGAAGACAUCUUGGUCAAUGAAUUUACAACUGAAAUACCUGUGUUAAGUGGAGAGAUCAGUGCGCCUGAAGACUUUGAUAAUAAUUUUGUCUCAUCUGAACCUGUGUACCCUACCAAACCGCCCAGAGAAGUAUCUCAGGACAAAUCUUCUCCAGCCACAGAAGAUACCACUACUGGUUACCAAAGUUUCACAGUGCCUUUCAAUGUUCUGGUUAGUACUGACAGUUCUCCAAAACCAGAAAAUUCCUAUUUGCCUCCUCCAGCAGAUGAGUGGGCUAGCAAUGACUUAGUCACAGGUGACUAUGAGUCUCCAAUGGAGCAGGCUAUCACUCUGGCAGUUUAUACCACUGGUAGCUUUACCCCACCUAAUCUCCUGCAAGCCACAGAUGAGAAUACUGAAGCUCAGAGGAAGAAGGAACUGGCUGGAAUAACAGAACUACCUUUGGAAGAAGCUGACCAAGAUAGUCUGUUUGGCCAAGCAGUGAAGAUCAUGGAUGAACUAGAAUCGUCGGGUGAUGACCUUUUAUUUACAACCAGCACUUAUAAAACAUUGCCUUUCUUUAUUGGUGCAAGUGAUCUCUCUGUCACGCAGCCUGGAGAUGUUAUUGUAGACGUGCUGCCAUCAGAGCAAACAACACUGCUGCCUGCAGUGACCAACCCAACCUACAGCCAGUCCGUCAUCAUCGACCAGUCCCCCGAAGCAUCAGAUUCCUUGGUGCCAGCAGCUGACACCAUUCCCCCUGACAGUGCCGGGACAGGAGUGCAGGAUAUCGCUGCUGAGUUGGAUGGCAUCGGUGUGGUGAGCACAGCAGCGCUGGAUGAAGCAGAGCAUGGCAGUGGUUACAUCUCAGUGCUGACAAGUGAGCCGGCAGAAGCCACCCCAGCUCCUACUCUGAAGUAUGUAACCACCAGCUCCAUGACGACUGCAGCCAAAGGCAAAGAGCUUGUGGUUUUCUUCAGCCUGAGGGUGACCAACAUGCACUUUUCUGAUGACCUCUUCAAUAGGAGCUCGACAGAAUACAAAGCGCUGGAACAACAGUUCAUGCAGCUGCUACUUCCAUACCUGCAGUCCAACCUUACAGGCUUUAAGCAACUGGAAAUACUUAACUUCAGGAACGGAAGUGUGAUUGUCAACAGCAAAAUGAAAUUUGCCAGAACAGUGCCAUAUAAUAUCACGGAAGCUGUACACUGUGUCUUGGAAGAUUUCUGUGAUGCUGCUGCCCAACGCCUCAAUUUGGAGAUUGACAGCUAUUCCCUUGAUAUUGAGCCAGCUGAUCAGGCAGACCCAUGCAAAUUCAUGGCAUGUGAUGAGUUUUCUGAAUGCGUAAUGAACGAGUGGACAAAAGAGGCUGACUGCCUUUGUAAACCUGGUUACACAAGCCAAGACGGAUUACCCUGCCAGAGCCUGUGUGAGAUGGAACCGCAUCUUUGUGUCAAUGGUGGGAACUGUGAGUUAGUUCCAGGAAGAGGAGCUGUCUGCAGGUCACCAGACCAGUUUACAGAGCCAGGACUGACGAGUUAA